AUGGCUACGGCGCGAGCACAAGCGCUCUCCGGCACGGGAGUGCGCGUUAGAGAGCGCCAUGGCGAUGGUCGUGAGAUUCUGACUGUCGACACACCUGGAAGCUACAGGAGAUUUCUAUCGGAGGAAGACGAUGAGAUGCCAUUGACUUGGCUCAAGAGAAUCCUUACCCGAACCCUUUGGACGCAGCGCUUCUUCUGGGUGCCUGCGACGCUUUUACUCGUCAUUGACGCGGUAUUGACCCUGAUUAUAGUCUUAGCAGUCAAGUAUACCGAAAUCGACUUUUCGACUUACAUGCAGCAGGCCGCGAUCUAUGCAAAGGGACAAAGAGUUUAUCAUCUCAUCUCCGGUGACACUGGUCCUUGCGUAGGUGCUCGUGCCAGCUACCCUGCCCUUCAUCUUUACCUGUCAUCUGCGCUGUUCCGGCUGACUCGGGGAGGCGAAGACAUUCGGGUGGCGCAAAUGGCCUACCUUACUCUCUAUCUGAUCACCGAGGUUGUCGUAAUGGCCAUCUAUCGAGAAGCUCGAAUUCCGCCAGUGGUGCUACCGCUCCUCGUCUUUUCGAAACGCCUUCACUCCAUCUACGUUCUGCGCCUCUUCAACGAUUGCUGGGCCAUGUUCUUCUUCUACAUCGGUGUUUGGCUCAUGUGCCGCCGGAAAUGGUCUUCUGCCAGCGUUCUUUACAGCUUGGCUCUAGGAGUCAAGAUGAAUAUCCUCCUUUUCGCGCCAGCCAUGUGCACAAUCUACUACCGCGCCUUGGGCCUCAGGAGGUCCCUUGUUGAAGGCAUCGUAGUCGCCUCGGUCCAGGCCCUUCUAGCAGCGCCAUUUCUUAUGCGAGAUCCUCGUUCAUACCUCUCGUCGGCAUUCGACCUUUCGCGAGAAUUUCUCUACAAGUGGACAGUCAACCUCCGAUUCGUCGAUGAAAAGAUGUUUCUCGACAAGCGUUUUUCGGCUGGGCUCCUCUCGCUUCACCUGGGCCUUCUCACUCUGUGGUGCUCGACCCGAUGGACGGGUAUCAGCUCCAAUGGUCUCAGAUGGCUCACGGGCCACGUCAAUGGAACUCCGAAAGGCGUCAAGGCCCCUAGUGCGCGUGCUAUUGUCACAACGCUUUUCACUAGCAAUCUCAUCGGCAUCGCCUUUGCCCGCAGCUUGCACUAUCAAUUUUAUUCUUGGUACGCGCACCAGUUGGCAAUCCUCGUCUACCUGGCCAGGCUUCCCAAUGUCAUUCGCAUCCUUCUGCCCAUCGCCAUCGAAUGGACUUGGAACACGUUUCCGUCGACCACAGAGUCUUCUCUAGUCCUUCUCUUCUCCCACCUCGUCCUUUUGGCCGGCUUGUACGCAUCUAAAGCAGACGAUGCUCUCGCCGAUGAAGUUCGGCGCGACGAAGCAGAUGUUGACAAGGAGCUAGCAUCCAGGUAUGCUCGCAAGACCCGUCUUGGGGCCAAGGACGAAGGCUAG